UUCGCUUAUGAUUUACGAUCCAUUCCAUCUCGUUUCUACCCUUUUUCCUGCACUGCCACACGAAACAAAAAAAAAAUCACGUGGCCACCCCUGGCAGAUGAUAUCCAGCACUACACGGCCGACGACUGCCAGGUAACGCCGGUGAUCCACGUCCUGCAGUACCCGGGUUGCGUCCCGAAGCCCAUCCCGUCCUUUGCGUGCAUUGGCCGCUGCGCCAGUUACAUUCAGGUCUCGGGCAGCAAGAUCUGGCAGAUGGAGCGGUCCUGCAUGUGCUGCCAGGAGUCGGGCGAACGCGAGGCAUCCGUAUCCCUGUUCUGUCCCAAGGCGAAGAACGGCGAGAAGAAGUUCAAAAAAGUAUGGAAUCCUACGGUUGUAUGGUUACGCUUCCCGUUGGCUCUUCUGUCUUUGCUGUCGCCAGAUAGCUAGCUUGCUAAAUGUUUUUGCUGCUACAUA